AAUGUUUCUCAGUACAUAUUUACAUUGAUUGGAAAAUAUGGGAGAGAUUGAUACAACCAAACCAAUUGAAUCAGUCCAGGCAGCUAUAUCCUUGUUCAGUGAGAAAUGUGACCAUCAGAAUAACUGGCUCACUGCCAACAAUGAAUGUGAGAGAAAUAGAGAGCUUGAAUGUGUGUUAAAAGAGUUGGCAAAUUGUAAAGUUCAACUAGAAGCUAAGGAGGCUGCAUAUAUGCAAACCCUUCAUAAGCUAGAACACACUAAGGAAAAAGUUGAUGAACUUUCCAUUUUGAUUGAGAACUCUGACAUAGAAAGGGAAAUAUAUGUGAAUGAGUACAAGAACACCAGUGCUAGAAUCGAAAAGUUUGAAUCAGAGGCGAAAGAGAUGGCGGUUCAGUUGUCAGAAGCUACAAAUAUCUGUGCGCAGCUUUCGAACGAGUUAAAGGCCACUCAAGCAGAGCUUAUUUGUAAGGAGGCACAGUUUGAUUCAGCCAGGGAGGCAGAGGUGAAGGCUUUGACACAAGUAGAAGUGAUGGAAAAAGCUUUAGCAGAGGAAAGAGAAAAGUGUCAAGAGCUUUUGAGCAAAAUUUCUGAGCUGAAUGAGGCUAACUUUAUGCUAAAGGCUUCUGAGUGUGAGGCUCAGAAAGAGAAGAUUGCAAUGGCUUCUGAGAAAGAUAUGGAAAUUGAGUUGGCUAAAAUUGCUUUGGAUGAAACAAAAGAGAAGCUAGAAGAUGUGGAAAGAGAUGUUGAAAUGAUGGAGGAGAUGGAAGGUGAGUUUGUUUUCAAAAUGAUAUUGGGCAAUGUUCUUGAGUUGAAACUUGUAGAAGCAAAUGAAGAGCUAACAUUCUUGUCCAAAAAAUUAGCUGCUGAUACCGAUUCGGAAUUGAAGCUGAAGCUAAUUAGAGAAGAGUUGGAAGUAUGGGAAAGAAAGAGCUUGAGUCAAGAAGCUUUGAUUGAGGCAUUCAAAAUGGAAGUGAAUCAAGUAAAAAUGGAGUUAAGAAGUGCAAAUGAGUUGGUGAGCCAGUUGAUGGAUGAUGUUGAAAUACUUACUUAUGAUAUACUAAAGGCGAAAACUGAGAUUAAUGAAAUGAAGAGGAAAGAAACAGAAGCUCAAGUUGAGAUAGCACUAAUGAAAACUGAGCUUCAGAAAGAGAGUAGAGAUCGCAAUGAUGGUCACAUAAAGGGUGAUGAUCAAAUUUGGGCGCCAACUUCUGAUAACAAGCAUGAGCUGGAAACUUUGAGGAAGGAGUUGGAUGCUGCAUUGGCUAAAGUUGCUGAAUUCCGAAACCGAGGAGAACAAGCCAAUUUUCGAGCUGAAAUGGCUGAGAAAGCUAAAGCAGCAAUUGAGGAUCAAUUAAGAAAAUGGAGAGAAGAUAGACAAAAGAAAAAAUUGGCUCUGGUUGCUGUACCAAGUGUGGCAUCUUCCUCAAGAAAUUUGAUUUCUUCUUCCAUUGGUGAGAACCCUCCACCAACUCAUCAUCAGCCACUAUAUAAGCUACUCAACAUGAAAUUUUAGUACAGAUUUCAUUUAGUUCGCUCAUGUCACUCAUGUCAAUAAAUACAUACAACAAAAAACUGAUAUAAGAUUUAUUUGAAUGUGCUAUCUUUAUUGUUUUAGUUGUUUCUGUUCUGCCCUUAGUGUACGAGUGUAUCUUAAGUUUUGUAAGGGUACCAUAUUGUUCUGUUAACUUCAUUUGAGUAAACUCAGCUUCAAUUUUAUUUAAUUUCUCUAUCGUUUUUGUUCGAUUUCUUAUAUAUAAGUUGACAUUUCUGGUUCAAAUAAUAAACAACCAACAUUGAAAAGUAUAAAUAUCAAAAGAUAAACGAUAAUCUCACCAAAAUACAUAUAUAGAUAUAUGUAUAGAGAAAAUUACAGGAUUUUAUAAAAAAGUUUAUAGAUUUACCACCCUUCUAUGAUAUUUUUUCACAUUUAAAUUUUUUUUAUGCUAUUUAAUAUGCCAUAAUUUUGUAAUUAAUUUAUCAAAUCCCAUAUUUUAUCUUUUUCCAUCCCAAAAAGUUACUCAGGAGUAUUGGAGCUAUAUUGUUUAGAAAGUUGAGUUCGUAUAAUUUCCAAGACUCCACAGAACAGGAUUCGAGCUACCAAAGGACACCUCUCAAUCUUUCCUGGCUCCGACGGGUUGUUCGGGUCCUGUCUCACCGAGGACUGUGGUUAUGGCAUGGUCGAGUGUAACGGCGCCGGAGCUGCACUGCCAACGACUCUCGCCGAGUUCACUUUAGGAACUGGCAGGCAUGACCUUUUAUAAAUAUUCCUUCUCUACUCCUUGCCUUGACCAUCAAAGAGAGAAGGAGAGUUUAGAGCGAAGGAGACAGAAAUAUGGGGGUGUUAAAUUCGAGCAAUGGGUAUGCGUAUUUAAUGGACACAACAGGGAAAGAGCAAUUGACUACUAGAGAAUGUGAAGAUCUGGAUUUCACAGGCCUUGCUUUGUGUUCUGAGUGCAAUUCUCUUGUUGAGUAUGUCAAAGACCAAGGUUAGGUUUUCCUUUUCUACAAUUUUGAAUUUUCUUUCUUUCCUAUUUUAUUUUUUUCUUCUUCUUUUCAAUUUAAUUACUUGUUUUUGUGAUUUUAAAGAUUAAGGGUUGAUUGAAAUUUAUGGCAUAGUCUCCC